UUCGAGAACGAAGGGUGUUUCGUAUCUUACAGUAUAAAAAUUCUGAUAAAGUUGCUUGUUUAUCUUAAUGCUUCAAAGUUUCUGAAGUGGUUUUGUUGAAAUUAUAAAAUGCAUAUCACUAUUUUAUUUCUUCAGCUUGAUCCAUAUACCAAUUAUUGAGCGACAGUGUAAAAUUUAAAGGAUUCCUAAACGAUCAUUUCAUUUGUUUUGAAAUUUUUUUCGGUCAUCUAAAUUAUAGAAAUGAAGUUUGAAUGAUGAACAAUAAAUUUUUUCUCUUAAAUGUUGAUGUGACAGUUACAGAAAGCGAUUAUGCAGGAGACAUGAGUUUCAGAUGUUUGUAGAUUUAAGCUUUGAUGUGAGCUAUAGUUUUGAAGUUGGCAUUUUGCAAUGAUGGCAGUUUCUGAGUAUCAUCUAGAUACCAGAAUACGUAGACGGCAUAUACCACUUGUAACGCAACAACGACGACUACGACAUUUAAGAAGCAUAUCAGCAAGGAAUAUUACAUUUCAAAAUAAGAAUGGUUGCAGUGAAUUAAAUGUGGCAUUUACUUUACACAGUAAAUUGGAUUCACCAGCUUUUUACACCAGUGAAAUCAUAUCGGAUGGCCUGAAUCCAUCAUGGAAGGAUUUUGAGAGUAGCAAUUUUCCAGAAGAUGUGGAUUCUGCUUCUUCGUAUGUCAUUGUUAGAGUUUGGAACAUGACAGGUGAUAAGCAGCUGCUGUUAGAAUGGCUGGUGUUUUUCACCGGUCUUGUCUAUGUUGGUGAACAGAUACCAAAAGAGGGAAAGAAUUUCAAACCAAAUUCAUUAAUCUUUGGUAUGUCUGAAGGAUAUUAUGGGUGUAAAGAUAGUUAUCAGUAUUCAGCAGGGAAUGCUAAUGACUCUACUGUGAAAGACUCAAUAGAUGCUGAUGUAGCAAGUUUGCGUACUUCAUAUACUCUAAGUACUUUGUCUAGGAUAAAAACAGUUGAGAGAGCUAUAAAACAAACUCAGGCUGCUGUCCAAAGGCGGAAGAAUAGCAUCAGCAAUAAACUUCAGAGUAGUCAAGAUUUACAUAGUAUCCGUGCUCAGCAGGAAUUGCUAAGAAUAAAAAUAUCUGUGUUAAAAACUGAAUUACAGUUUCAGCAAAGGAGCUCAGAUGCUCUAGAAGUUGAGUUAGAAGUACGUCAAAAUGAAUUAGCUAAAAAAAGAAGUGAAAUGAACAAAAAAAUAGCAGAGCAUAAAAAAUUAGUGGAAAAAUGUGUUGAAAUGUCCAAGGUUUAUAAUGAAUAUCGAGAAACGCUUCUUAAAACUGAAGCACAGCUGAAUUUUCGAAGGAAAGCGCUUAUAUCUGAAUUAAGCUGCAUCUAUCCAAUUGUCGAAUUACCUGAUGGUAAGGGUUAUAGUAUCCAUAAUGCUCAUCUUCCCAAUUCGGAAAAUCUUACAGAGCGCACUGAUCAGAUGUCAGCUGUUGCUUUAGGUUAUGUGUGCCAUAUUGUUUUAAUGAUUUCCCAGUUCCUAAAUGUUCCCUUAAGAUACCCUAUCAACUUCUAUGGAUCAACCUCCUCAAUUAUAGAUCAUAUAUCAAGCUCAUUACCGGACAAAACAAGAGAGUUUCAGCUUUUUGUGAAAAAUAAAGAACGGCGAUGUUUUGAAUAUGGCGUUUUUUUACUAAACAAAAAUAUUGCACAACUUCGAAUUCAUUGUCGUAUGUCUACUCGUGACCUAAGUGCCACUCUUCCCAACCUCAGCUCACUUAUAGAACUCAAGCUGUCUACUGUUAGAGAUUCAAAUGUUGGGUUUUUGCAUAAAGAGUUGAAACCUCCCUUGCCAGUUACUCAAAAUGGUGUAUCAGAAUUCUCCCAAUCACAAUCUUUAAACUUGAACAGAACAUAUGAUCCUCAGAUGGAGCAAUUAAAGUUAGAGAUGGAAGCUAUGAUUCCUGGAACUGUUCCAAUGCAAAAUCUGGAAAUCCCUGUAUUAGGCAAAGAUAAUUCAUCCGCAACUCGUUGUGAUUCCUUGGAUCGUGGUUUGGACCGAAAGAACUUUGAAGAAACGGAUGGUCAUGUUCCUACUAACAAUUCAAUCCAAGCAGCUCUUUUGAGGCAAACCUUUCACCAUUCCAGUUCUCCUAAUCUAAAUUCACCACCUACAGUGAACGAACUCCCAGUAACUGCUCAGAAGGAUGGCAAGAAUAAAGCCAAAGACAAGACAAAAAAAUCAAAGAAAUCUCCAGUUUUGAAUGAUUCUAUUUUUUACAUUCCAUCAAUGCAGGAUGAAGAUAGUGCAAGGGGCAGUGACUCCCUUACUGAAGAAAGACAGGAUGAGAUCAAUAGAGUUGUUGUCAGUGAUGAUUUUUCUGCAGAUUUGUCUCUUCGAACAGAACAGUUAGCUAAUAGAAAGUCGAGUUUUCAGAUGCAGAGGUUACGAUCUUCGUCUACAGAGGAAGAACAGUCACCUCAUAUAUGAUGGUUAUUUUCUUAACCUUAAUAGUUUCUUAAAGAAAUUCCCUAAUGUCCAAUUAAAAGCAAAAGAAUUUCAUUAUUAGCAUUGGAAUUUCUAUACUGUAUGAUAUUUUUUUAAUGCAUAAUUGUUAAGAUUGAAAUUUCUUUGAAAUAUAUAUGUGCAAUUAUUCUAUGAUAUCUGAAGUUUAUUCAAAAUAUUUUCAUCGUUCACAUAUAUGUUUUUCUUUAAAAUCUUUUUUCAUUGUUUUGAAUUGACAUGUGAAAUUUUUCUUUCGUAAUUUUUAUGCACAUAUCAGAAAAAAAAAUAAUAAAAGUUGUAAACAUGAUUUUAAACAAUUGCUUUUGCUUUCAUCUAUGAUGGAAUAAUGUUAAAACUAUGUUUUGAGGAAAAAUUCUUAAUCAUUAUUUUAUAUAAUAUAUGUUGUUAUCAAAAUGCGACUCAUAAUUUAAUAUUAAUAAUAUUGGUAAAUUACUGCAGUUUCAAGUUUAAUUAUUUUGAAAGUAUUUGUUUUUUCACUUAAAAAAUCAAUCCAGGUUUAUGUUAGUAAAUAUUUAUGGUAUUUGCUGUAUACCUUUUGUGCCUUUUUACCUGGAGAAAUAGCUCCGAAUACUUAUGCCAAAUGGAAAGUUUCAAUUUAGCAAAUUUUAUUAUGAUGGACAUUUUGUAAUUGUAAUUUAAACUUUUCUUCCUAAGAAAGCCUUUCCUUUUUCUCUUUUUUUUAUUGUUGCAUAUAGUUAAUUAUGUAUUUCUCUUAUGUCAUCACAAAAUUGUGCUGAAUUUUUAAUUGGUUUUAUGAAAUUCACUUUUGUUUUUCACACAAUUUAACUUAAAUGUCUGGAAUUGGUGUAUUAGGAAUUAAAUUUUGGGGCAAUCUUUGUAUAAUUACCCUUUAUAUUACAGGUUUUUUUUAAACAAAAGAUGGGAUUAUAAGAGUUUUUAUUUAUGAGAACAUUUAAUAUUUAUCUAAAAAAUUGCAUUAAUUACUUGAAGUUAUCAAAUCUCCAAUCAGCUAUUGCAAAAAUAUAUAUUUGUACUCUAGAAAUUGUUUAAAAAAAAUCAAAUUUCUUGUUUAGUUAUUUGAUACUGAACAAUUUGAUUUAUGCAAGUUAUUAUUGCAUUUUUAGUAUUAAAUUAUUACUUAAAUUAUUUGUAUUUUCAUAGGGAAGAGAAAUUAUUAACUGAUGUAAAUUAAUUAGAAUAGUUAAACUUAUAAUGAGUUACCAAAAGGGAUUAAUUCCUGAAAUUACUCAGAUUUUGUAGUUGAGAGAUGAGAUUUGACCCAAGAUGACAGAUAUGCUCAAAAUUUUUUACUUACUGAAGUUUGAGUUAGAUUUGUUUGAUAUUUUAUCAGAAAAGGAAGGCUUUUUCUGGAGAAAAAUAUAGUACUUGUAGCAUUUUCUAUGUUACUGCCAGAUGGCAAAACUUAAAUAAUUGUACUAUUAUUAUUUUCUUUUGCUUCUUUAAAACAUCCCUUCUAAUAUAUAUUCUUAUAGAAGAAUUUCUAUUUGACUAUUUUGUUUUUGUAAAUAGAUUAGGUUCUGUUAUAUAAAUCAUAAGAUUAUUUUAGUUAUAAAUUUAAUAUAUUCAUAAAACCUUUAUGUUUUAUUAAAAUAUAAAGAACAAAUAUGUCAAGGUAAGAGAUAAAUAUAUUUUUCUUUAUUGUGUUGUAUUUGUAUAUAUUGUUAUAUUCAAGGAAUAAGAUAGCAUGUAACGUAAAGUAGUAAUAAUUGUUCCUUGUUUUGUAAUAAUUUUUUUGAAGUUUAAUUACAUUUUAGUGUCAUUAUUCUGAAGUUACAUUACAAAAACUUUAAAAAACAUCUACCUGAAAAGCUAAAUUAAUGAAAUUAUUUAGUAAAAACUAAGUUUGUCAGAAUUGCUAAUGACAUCUUCUGGUUCAUGAAUUAUUAUUUUAAGUGAAAUUCAUUUAUCUGUAUUUCUUUUUUGCUCAUUAUUCAGAAAAAGUUAAUAUUCAUUAGAGUAUGGAUUUAAUAAUAUAUUUUGCUGCUUUAAUCUCAAAAUUCUUUUAAGAUAAGUUUCAAAAAUAGUUCCAGUUAUAUUGAGAAACAUAAAGUAUCCUAAUGAUUUUAAUUAUAUUGAAAUUUUUUUUACAAUGUUUCUAUCAUUUGCCAUAUUACAUUGUUUAGUAAUUUUUACUUUAAUUAAUAGUAAUUGACAAGUACUGCUGAUGUUUCCAUUAGGCAGUGCUAUUUCACUAUUGUUUUCAACCUUUAAGACAGUUAUAUAGUUAUUGAAUUUGAUAUAUUUAGUACAUUGGCAGUAGACUGACAAACUUUAUUUUCUUCUUGAACUUCACUUUAUUAAAUUUUAUACUUUUUUGUUUUGCUACCAGCUUAUGUAGGUGUAAAUUUGAGUUUUAUUAUAUGUACACAAAUCUUUAAUUUUGUAAGCUGAUGUGUAAAAAAAUUAAGUAUUAUUUAAAUGUUAAAGAUAUAUUUUUCUACUCGAGUAUGUUCAGAAUUUUUUUAAAAUUUGGUAUAAACAUGCAUGAGAGUUUUCUUGUGUUAAAAGAAAUUUAAGUUAUCUAGUUGUAAAAGUUUAAUGAUAACAAACCUGAUUUUAUUUUUAGUGAAGACAUAUUCUCUGUGAUAUUAAUGAAAAUGAAAUAUAUGUAUAUAAUAAAGAAUAAUUUGCUUA